AUGAAUUCUCAAUGGGGAUCACGAAAAACACCGCAGCUCAACACCCUGGAGGAGAAGGAGGAGAAAAUGGUGGUGGCGGUGGUGGUGGUGGAUAUGGAGGAGGUGGAGGUGGAAGAGAGGGAGGUGGAGGAGGAGGGCUCCAGAAUGAGGAAAACGCGUUGCGAUGCGGGGUUGCCGAAAUGUGGCCCGUGCGAGCGCAGCGGUACUCACUGCGAGUUUUUCGAUUCGACGAAGCAGAAGACGAUCCCGCGCACCUACGUCGUCCACUUGCAGAAUAAAGUGCGCGCCCUCGAAGAGGAAAUUGCGAGGCGCGAGGCCGCCCUGGCGGAAUCGGAUGUCCCGAAUAAUGAGGAACUCGUCCGCGGAAUUGGCGCUGUCAAGUUUGAUGGCUACGAUCACUACAAGGAGCCGCGGUAUGUCGGCUCGUCCAGUGGCGUUACCGUAACUAGGUUGGUCUUGGAGUCCGCGAAGAAGGACCUGGAGCCUGGCGAGUUCAGGGACAUGACCUAUCACCAUCGGAAGAAUGCUAUGCACUACGCAUCGCCGGAACCGAACCCUGGGCCUUCGAGGUCCACUACCACCACCACGCCGGAUGCGAAACUGCCGCCGCGGCAACUGGGCGAGACUUUAGUGUCGUUCUUCUGCAAGAAAGCUCUUUAUAUGCUGCCGGUUCUGCACGAACCAACGUUCAUGAAGGAGGUUGCCGACGUAUACGAAGGAUCUCAGGACCCGUUCAAGAACUUCAAAUUGAAGAUGGUCCUUGCGAUCAGUCUGCAGAAGUACCAUAGCAAAUAUGCGGUGGCUGCCGAUGGCUAUUUCUUGUCCGGGCUGCAACAUUUAGAGCAGAUAUUGGAGCCGAUGGAUCAUUCGACUCUGCAGUGCCUGCUGGUCAUGGUGCAGUACGCCCUUGUCAAGCCGACGCGGAUAGCUGCAUAUCAUAUCGUCGGUCUCUGUGUCCGGUUAUGCAUUCAGCUGGGCUACCACCAGGAGAGGACCAUAAUGCUGAGCGAACAGCCACUAGAUCCGAUCACGAAGGAUAUGCGGAGGAGACUUUUCUGGACUCUGGCAUCCAUGGAGUACGGUUUGUCCCAUGUGCUCGGUCGACCUUCGGCAUUCGCGACAUCGGAUGCCUACGUCGACGUCAAGUUCUACGAGCCAGUGGACGACGCGUUCAUAACUACGGGCGGUAUCUUACCGGCACCCCCUUCCGCGAAGAAGUUGAUUUCUAUGCACUUCUUUAGGAUGAGAAGGCUUCAGGCGGAGAUCCGCCGAACGCUGUACCAGAAUCCGACCGAGACGCCAAAAACGGAUCAAGACCCGUGGUUUCUGCAGAUGUACGACAAGUGUGUCAAGUGGAAGGCAUCGUGUCCACAUGAUGAUGAGGGAAGCGGGCUGAGUGAGACUUGGUUUCAUCACAGAUACUACAAUAUUCUGAUCUUCAUGUAUCGACCCAGUCCCCAGAUCCCGCAGCCAUCACUCGAGGCAACCAUGAUGUGCUACGAUUGCGCUGUCGAGAACGUGCAUCUGGAGAAAACCAUGUUUGAGCGUCAGUCGGUGGAUCUCACCUGGGUAUUUCUUCAUCAAGUCUACAUGGUCACCUUGACGAUCAUCUGGACCCUGUACAACCCCGAAAUUCGUAGGAUGCAUCCGAAGCACGAGGUCGAAGGGCACAUUCGUUGCCAGAUCGAGCUCAUCCUAGCGUUGGCCGAACUCUGGCCCGGUGCCGAGGCCGCCGCCGAUCUGUUUGCGAGACUGGCAGGAGCCGCCCUCAGGAACUAUGAGACGGACCUCCGAAGGUCACCUACAUCGACCCACGACUCGGUUUCGACGACCACGCCUCCGAGUCGAAGGUGUAGGGAUCAAUACUCGCCGCAGAGCAGCCACGAACGGGCCAGUCCCUAUUCGUGCUCGGAUAACGGCCGCUCAUCGACCGAUACUCCGUCGCCGCAUCCGGUACCGGUAAUAGCUGCUUUCGGCGCUGUAUACGACAGCAACGUCCUCGAUGCACCACGAAGCAGCGCGUUCCGGCUUUCGGCAUCACCAUCUAGGGCACCCACGUCUCCGCCGCCCAGAGCGUCCAUGUCGCCCCCCGCAAUUCCCGCGCCGGUACCAUCACGAAUGCCCCUGCCACCCACCACCACCGCCCCCGCCCCGCCAUCAUACCGCGAUUUCCAGGGCAUGAUCUUCGACCCCAACUACCUGACCACAUUCGCACCCUCAAAUCCCCAGCAGAACCAGGGCAUCCCCGACUGGCUCCAGGCUUGGGAUCCGCACGUACCCGUACCCAGCAAUGGGGGGACCACCGCACCGCCACCCGUGGGCUUCGGGCCUCCAAUAACUGCAUCGCCGCCACCGCCGCCACCACUGUCACAACCACAGCAGGACCUCAACUAUAUGGGACAAACACCGACACAGGUCCUGAACCAGCAGGCGCAGCAUGAUGAGCUGAUGCGCAUCCUGGAGAAUGAGGCCCUGCAGUUCGACUUUGAGGAUAGCAGCGCGCAGCAGCAGCAACAGCGCCCGUGGGGUUUUGGUGAUGGGUUCUUUUAG